GCAGGAGGCGACGCGUCGGAAAAAGCAACAGCGCGAAGAACUUCGGAAAGCGAAGGAGAAUAAAGCCCGUCGAGGUACUAGUGGGGGGGCAGCUACAGCUACUAGUACAUCAACAGCUACAGCUAAUACGACAAAGAACACCAAGACCGCUUCAUCACCUCUUGCAAGCGAGAACCCAGGAGGACAAGCUCCUGUGUUGAUGUCACCGGCUUACAAUCCAGCUGAGACUUGGUGGUGGAAUAAACAGUGGGCGAGACGCAGAGAGCUGCAGACGGGGGACAUCACUCCUGCAGAGGCUAAUAUCUGGCACGAUGCAGGAGUGCAGCCAGUGGAGGACUACAUCAAGAACUCUUCCUCGCGAUUAUACGAGAAUCUGCUUAAAAACGCAACACGAGGCCAGUCAGAUGUAGAAAGUACGGCGUUUGGUCGUGGAGGUGCGCCGGGCGGAGCAGACAGACAGAUUACAACAGCGAGCAGUUCUUUGUCACCACGACCUGCAGGCAUCAAGAAGAACAAGCCCAACAUCAGGAAGCAGAAAUCGAAGACGUCGAUCCUCUUCUUCGAUACCAAAGGAUCGGCGGGCGACACCAUCGACACCGGCCCCCGGCGCGCUUGUGCCGUGUUGGAGCUCGGGCGAAAAGAAAAUAUCCUCACCUCUGCCUUUUUUGGGAGGGUGUACCAGGCCAAGGCAUACUCAAAAGGAGUAAACUACCAGUCUGUCGUCUCCACCCUGGCGACCCGGUUUCCCGGAAUUAGGUACCGGGGGCUGAAUACGAGUGAUUUAUUCGAAUUCUUCCGCCUCGCGAAAUCGGAGUGGCUCGGGCUGAAUCAGACGAGUAUCGGUGAGAGGUGCGCGGAGGAAAUUGCGUUGGGGCAUUUGCUAUCAAAUGCAAAUAUGUCUGGGUCUGUAAGGAUGCAGCCUGUGAUGCUACCUCUGGACUCUACAUAAAAUCUGUAUUGCAUGAACACCAAAAAGAAAAAUAAAAGGUCCAGUUUUUUGCUACGCGGAGAGGGCACCAUUUCUCAUGUGGUAUGAGCAUCAGGAAGUCCUGCUCGCAGAGGCUGUGAUGCUGCGGCAUGCAUCGCAGACAUCAUGGGUCGUGCAAAAUCUGCAUAACACCAGACCCAGACAUAUUUGCAUUUGAUAUUUGCUGAGCCCCAAUUGUACGGCCCAAACACGAGGACAUCCGGACGUUCCCUACCACAAGCAUUCGGACCGCCUCGUUUUACCUGCAACCUUCUUCCAGCCCGCUGCGAAAACUCAGAACAAGUACAAGGGAACAGCCAGCAGCACGAGCAAGAAGAACGUGCUCAACAACGUGAGGAAAAGCUCCAGGGACGUCGAGCCAGGGCGGACAAGAACUACAACAACGGCGAGGAUGAGCACAAAUUCUGUACCAACUUCUGCGCAGUCGUUUGCUGAAACAAGAGGUCACAGUAGUACUCGAAAAAGUAGUUUUGUGCCUGAUUCAGCCGAUGAUCCUGAAGAUUUCCUCGACGACCACCUCCUGGAGUUAGAAUUUGAAACCGCCCUGACUGGUGAAAAAGGGCUUCUGGAAGUAAUGUCAGAUGCAAAAGUACAGGAUGUUGUCCUCGCGGAAAACAAAAUGAAAGUAAAGAAUGUCGCGGAAAACAAGAUGAAAAACAGCGACCGAGAGAAACAGCAGGCAGAAGCUUA